CACAUAAACUUUUAUGGUUUUUUUCUUCCGCUUGGUAUUAAAAAUGGUCAUAGAAUCUCGACUCGUAGCUUUGCCUAUAAAAAAACUAGAGCUGACGGCUAAGCCAUUAUUUUAGCAAGCUUUGAAUAUCACAUAAACUUUUAUUUAUUUUUUUUGUAUCCGCCUGUCGUUAAAAACGAAUAUAGGGUCGCGACACGUAGCUUUGCCCAUGACAAAUUAGCCAUUUUAACAAGUUGUUAUGUUGAUAUUAAAUAAUAUUGGUGAGGGGAAUGCCUGCUUAUAUUGGACACUUGACUAGAGAUAAGUACUGGACAGUGAGCACUAACAGAAGCACUAGGCUUUUUGCGGCUAACUCGAUCAUUGUUAAAAAUUAUUUUGCGCGAAUCGUCGAAAUCACAAGAUAAUCUUGAAGAAAUAAGAUUACUGAAUUGGCGAAACUGCUUUUAAACUAUUUAUGUGUGUAUGUCAACGAAAUCCGUCUUGAUAUGUGUAAUUGAUAAGAUUGUCCAUGAAUACUAGACGGCAAAGCGUAAAACAACCUCACGCAUCUAUUAUAUACGGAAGUUCCCAAGCAACGAAACACACGUUUUAAUGCCACGUUUAUUUUUGUGGAACACCCAAUUUAUACCUUUCCCCUGAAUAUAAAAGUUUAUUAAUACAACCUUCUCUUUAUAUACUGUACACUCUUUAUUUUAAUUAAGAACAUUUUUUUUUAAAAAAACGCCAGCUAGAUAUUUUGCUUUGUUAUGUUUUGUAUGUCCGCUGUCCAAAGGCAUUGCCGGCGCAUCACAAUAAAAACUUGUCAAGUAAAUGUUGCCGGUGUAGACGGCACUUUUAAGGGCUACCAAUGACCACGGUUUAGUGGAGUGGACGAUAAGCUAGCAUGAAUAUCACAUAAAAUUUUAUGGUUUUUUUCUUCCGCCUGGUAUUAAAAAUGGUCAUAGAGUCUCGACUCGUAGCUUUGCCUAUAAAAAACUAGAGCUGACGGCUAAGCCAUUAUUUUAGCAAGCUUUGAAUAUCACAUAAACUUUUAUUUAUUUUUUUUUUAUCCGCCUGUCGUUAAAAACGAAUAUAGGGUAGCGACACGUAGCUUUGCCCAUGAAAAAUUAGCCAUUUUAACAAGUUGUUAUGUUGAUAUUAAAUAAUAUUGGUGAGGGGAAUGCCUGCUUAUAUUGGACACUUGACUACCGAUAAGUACUGGACAGUGAGCACUAACAGAAGCACUAGGCUAUUUGCGGCUUACUCGAUCAUCGUUGAAAAUUAUUUUGCGCGAAUCUUCGAAAUCACAAGAUAAUCUUGAAGAAAUAAGAUUACUGAAUUGGCGAAACUGCUUUUAAACUAUUUAUGUGUGUAAGUAAACUAAAUCCGUCUUGAUAUGUGUAAUUGAUAAGAUUGUCCAUGAAUACAAUACCACAAAGCGUAGAACAACCUCACGCGUCUAUUAUAUACGGCAGUUCCCAAGCAACGAAACACACGUUUUAAUGCCACGUUUAUUUUUGUGUAACACCCAACAUCCAGCUAGAUAUUUCACCAGAUUUUAAGAUCAUAUUAAGAACAUGCCAAGGCUCAGAAUAUCAGAGAAAAGAUUGUUUUGUUAGUCUGAUGCGUUCUAAAAUGCAGAAUUAAAUUGUGCUCACCUUACAUAUUAUUGCCAUUGAUCAUUGUGCAAUUUUCCUCCUAAUAAUUCAUUGUGUGUUAUAUUUUUAUAUACACUGAAAUUUAAGAACGUCCUUAAGAACAUUUUCAGCCAACUUCUCCAAAAAUAAGAAAACGGCCCAGCUUCAAUUGAAAAUUAGACGUUCUUGUAUAAAAUAAUGUACAUCUAAUAUGUAUAAAUCAAGGUUCUUUAUGAUUUUUCUGACCUCGAUAUUAGUGGUGCAUUUUUGUGAUUGCGCUAUCGCAGUAAUCGGGUGGUUUAAUGCAGAUGGAACUUGGCAUGAUUGUUGGUGGGUUCUCGGUUUCUCGUGUUAUCGUUAAUUAUAGUCGCCUUCGAUUCAAUCCAAAGUCGAAGAGGUAAGAAAUGCUUUUUAAUUAUUCUGUACCUUUCCCUAAAUGGAACAAAACAAUUGUCUGAUAUCGCUGACUAGAAAUACCCGGCUGGAUAUAAGGUCUUAAACACGAUUAAUCAAGUUUGCCUAUAUAGAAUUUUAUUGUAAGGGUUGAGAAAGUUAUUACACUCUCUCUCGUAGGGGUUCAGUUUGUUGUCUCCUCUGACAAUGCAUUUAAGAUCUCGCAGUUUCAUCACGCUUUGUUCGUUUCAUAAAUACCAAUUAUAAACUUCUGACAGAUAACAGCAUUACGCUUUUCCUUUUUCGAUUAAAAGAAUGACUUUUUCUAUCCUUAAAUCAAAAAACACUAUAAUUUACUCCCCCCACCUAUCAAAGCCCUUCCACCCACUCUGUGUAAUCACAAUGGAACGAAACAACAGCGUAAAACGCGCAAAUGCAAAACACAACGUAAUAAUGAAUUUCAAAAUCACAACUUUCUCCCAUGCUGAGCCCACCACAGUCAAAUAAAUCUGGUCUACAUUUUUGCGCAGUAUUCAGAUCAGAUCUCUUGAUAACGAGCCAAUUUCGCCUUUCCCGCCUCCUGAUUUUGCUGACUUUAUUGCUGUUUAAGCCCCUCGAGAGUCUUGGAAGAGCGCCAAGGGCCUCAUUAGCUUUUAUGGAAACCAAAGGAUAGUUGUGAUUAUUUACUUGGCCUCAAGUUGUUAAUGAAUUUCUACAUCCGCGCUCGUUAAAUCUCAAACGUCGAAUGGCUGGUGGAUUGUUGUGUACAUUAUGUGAAAAUAGAUCACGCUUGUCAUAUGGGCUGGACUCGGAACUGACAUGAAGGCAAUUAAAAACGCAUAACGAGUGGCGAAUAGCGAUUUAUUUAUGUGGAGAAAAUGAGAAGGCGGCAACGUCCGAGAACAGUAGCGGCUACGGUUUUACCAAGUGCGGCGGAAAGACCAACCUGAGGUCUACCAAUAAAACUGCGGCGUGAGCCUUAAGAGACCAAGCGGCUUUGUUAGAGUAUCAAGCAAAAGGAAGCUUAGGAUUAUAACGAAGCUGCCUGUUGUUAUCACUGGGACUUGUUGAGUGGAAUCGUCAAGUCGGUGCAAAAUAGAGGUCGCCCUCACAGAUUUCGCAUUUGCUUCAAUGGGUCUUUACAAUCUCUCGAUGAAUUACAGUGGUUCACAGCAUGACCUUGAGCCCGUGGGACUUCGCUGGAGUCUUCGACUCAUAUACAUUGCCGUGUUCUUCAUAGGAAUAGUGGGAAAUCUCGUAGUAGGUAUCGCGAUCAUUCUGCGCAAGAGGCUCCGAACCAGCAAUAAUAUCUUCACGCUAAACCUCUGCAUCGCCGACCUUAUUGUCAUUGUCAUUUACGUGCCUACUCAGAUGGCGGCAUUCGAGAACGACCACAACUGGCCCUUUGGCAACUUCAUGUGCCAAGUGGCUUACAUUAUUAUUCCUCUGUGCCUAUCCGCGUCUAUUGGAAUUCUCCUGGCCAUCUCCACGGAUCGGUACAGGGCGAUCGCCCAUCCCUUGCGGCCCAGACUUACCUUGAUGAACGUGAAGAUUAUCAUCGCUAUCAUCUGGUUUCUCUCGUUCAUCACUAGUAUUCCGCUGCUAUUUGUCGCCGGCACGGAUCGACCAGAUCCUAGCGGUAAACUCUACUGUUCCGAGCUAUGGCCCAGGGGCACGCGCUACGAGGAAAUGUACUGGAUAGCAAUCUUUGUAGUUCAGUAUGUCAUCCCUCUAGCAGUAAUCGCAGCGCUUUCUCGAGUUACUGCUAUGAAGAUUCGCCAAAACUCUUUUUUUUCUUCCGCGAGAAAGCGCUCUCAAAUUGUAACGACUGCGGUGCGACAGCGCCUGAAGCAAAGCACGAAGAUAGCUAAGAUGCUUAUAGGGCUGGUGUUACUCUACUCUAUCUGCAUGCUCCCGCAACAUGUUAUCUAUUUCUGGUUAAAAUACGGUAAUCUGAAUGUGCUUAGUUACAAAAUGUAUGUGUUCAGGCUCGCUAAUGUUUUCCCGAUGGCAAAUUGCGCGUUGAAUCCGAUCCUAUAUGGUACCCUUAAUAAGGAGUUCGCGCAAGUAUUCAAGAGCUUUUUUGCUAUCUUUGGCUGUGGGAAAAUCAAAACAGGAGACGAAAAAAAUAUGGAAUCAGAAGGGACCUUGUCCCCUGAGAAGAGAAGCAUUCGGUGGAUCCGAUCCGCGUCCCAGACAAAACGACCCGAAUCAGCAAUGGAAGAGGCGCUAUUAUAAGAACCAGACAUUUAGACAAAGAGGGAUUAAUAGAACAAGAUAAAAGAGAGGAAACAAUAACUUCCCGUCUUAUUGCCAGACCUGCGAUUCUCAUAAACGGUUGUAUAAUAAUGAGGCGCUGUUGUCGCAAUUUCAUCACACGAGGGAACAGCGGAUUCGUUUGUUAUUACUGUGGUGAAUUUUGGCAAACUGUUGGCAGUAUUGAAAACCUCAUUGAAAAACAUCAGAUUAACAAUGAGAGUAAAGUGACCAUCUAAAUGCUAAACCUUUAAUUUGCAUGAUUAAACUGUAGGGAUCCAAAUGAAGAUUUCCGUUUGGGUACUGUUUUGUAGUGCAUGGAGGAUUCAUCCGCGGGUGAUUGGUGCUACUGCUCUUAGGUAAACACGGGAAAUAAUGUGAAAUUAAUGGUGCAACAGCUAUUAGAAAUAAUUCUAAAGAAAACUAAAAAGUAAAGUGAUUUUGCAAACGUAAACAAAAGUCGUUUUUGUGUGUCUUUUAUUUUCGGAGUGAAAAAACGAUGCUAGAGUGAAAAAAACAAUAAUGAUAGUGAAAAAACAAUGUCAUAGUGAAAAAAAAAAACGAGACAAACUGUGAAAUUAAACAAUGUCAGAUUGAAAAAAACAACGUCAAGGUGAAAACAUUGCCAGAGUACCUGAGUACCGAGGGUGCCGGACAUUUAGAGGUUUCACUCUUAUCAAACUCUAUACAAAAUGACAAUAGACACUGAUAACGGACGCCUUGUCCGGUCCCGAGGGUGCCGGACAUUUAGAGGUUUCACUCUUAUCAAACUCUAUACAAAAUGACAAUAGACACUGAUAACGGACGCCUUGUCCGGUCCCGAGGGUGCCGGACAUUUAGAGAUUUCACUCUUAUUUAUCAAACUCUAUACAAAAUGACAAUAGACUCUGAUAACGGACGCCGUGUCCAGUCCCGAGGGUGCCGGACAUUUAGAGGUUUCACUCUUAUCAAACUCUAUACAAAAUGACAAUAGACACUGAUAACGGACGCCUUGUCCGGUCCCGAGGGUGCCGGACAUUAAGAGAUUUCACUCUUAUUUAUCAAACUCUAUACAAAAUUGACAAUAGGCACUGAUAACGGACGCCAUGUCCGGUCCCGAGGGUGCCGGACAUUUAGAGGUUUCACUCUUAUCAAACUCUAUACAAAAUGACAAUAGACACUGAUAACGGACGCCUUGUCCGGUCACGAUGGUGCCCGACAUUUAAAGAUUUCACUUUUAUCAAACUCUAUACAAAAUGACAAUAGACACUGCGCUUGAUGCGCUUGAUGUGAGCCGUUCAAACAACAAUAUGAUAUUUAUCUGAAAGAUCAAAUGUCAUUUAGUAAACCUUCGCAUGAUUUUGACUGUUUUUGAGAUUGCCGAAUUAACAAGAAAAUCACUCCACGGUGCAUGAUCGUGAUUUGGAAAUUCUAGAACUUAAGUACAGGGGCGGAUCUAGCUUUUGCUAAAGGGGGGGUUUGGCUCAGUGACAAAGGGGGGAGGGGGUAAUUUUUGUUGUUAGAUAUGGCUUUCUGGCAGCCCAGGGCUUCGAGUAAAUCCUCAUAGUAAAGCCAUGCAUCAUAACUUGACAAAGAUGACUAAUUUACCUUUUUGAUAAAAUUUGUAAUAUCGAACAUGUCUAUCAAUUUGAAAGCGUUGAAAACUCAAGAAAAAUGAAUAAUUACAGAAGAUACAUCGUGAAGUAUCAGAUAUAUCACUAUUGAUGAACAUUGACCUUGAUCUCCAUGAUAACGAUUUAGUUUCUAAGAUAGGAGGGACAUUUUAAAAAAUGUUUAUAAUAAACUUUGAGUGUUUAAUGUGUGAUUAAAACAAUUUUAACCCCAAAAA